UAAAUACAACCUUAAAUUUCAUUAAAAUGCAUGGCAAUGAAAGAAAGUCCACUGGACAAACUUUACUAACUAAUUUUUUUUUUAAAAAAAGCUUAUUUGACAUGUUUCACAUAGCUACAUAUUUUUUUUCUUGUACUUAGGAUAAUAACCUAGUUGCAGUGUGAGGAUGAUGUAUUCCAGAGUGGGUAAAGUAAGGAAAAGUGGGUUUAAUAUUCAUAGACUAAUGUUAACCUUAGUUGUCUUAGUAACGUUACAGAUGACAAGAAGCAAGGUAUCUAACAUGUGUCCUCAUGCUCAGUUUAGGUGACGGUAUUACUGAAUAUUUACUGAAGAAAAACAGAAACUUAUCACCAACUGUAAGUAGAAAUGUGCCGUUAGCCCAAAAUUAGCCAAAAAAAGUCUAACUUAAGUUUCAGCUUGCUAGCAAAGAAUUCCAUAACUAGCCAUCUAUGCUCACCGAUGGUACUGUUUGGCACAAUGGAAAUGCAUUAACCUUAUCUUGUGUUUCGACGAUGAUAAUUCAUACCAUAAACUAGUGUCAUUUAUUGAAUAUUUAGAAAAUUAGCACUUUGCUUGAACGUCAAAGCAUGAACUUUUUCUUUUUUUUAAACACCCACUGAACUACAGCCCCGCCUAAUUUUAAUAGGACAAGAGCAAUACUUCCCACACCACGAUUGGUGUAACGGAAUUUGAAUGACACGCAAGACACCAAUCGUCUCUCAGGACCUUUAAAUGUGGGCGUAUCAGCUCUAAUUUACAACCAAUCAAUUUUAGACUUUGGAAUGAAGUCGGCCAAUGGCGCCAGUUACUAUGGAAUGUAUCCAACCAAAGUCAAGUCAGGGGUCUUUUAAAGAUAGUUUCAGGAAGUGCCGUUAAAUACCAGGAAGUUGUAAACAAAGCUGACAGCUAUUCAGUUAGUUGUUAACUACAUCUCAAUGGAUGCUGAGCCAGUCGUGUAAAACAGGCCAGUUAUUCGCUGAUAUCGUGUAUCUAUUAAUUGGAUAGCUAGCCAUUUGUUUUCAUAAAGAGAUCGUCUCGCAGAAAUAGAUUUUUUCCCGUGCAUUUGUUUAACAAGCUAACGUUAGCUGCCUUCCGUUUUGUCGUUAGGGAAAAGCUAACGUUUGCACAAGGACGUUAGAGCUAGCGUUAACGCCUGUGAAGUUAACGUUAAAUUGAUUAUUAUUUUACCGAUUUCAACGGAUAGUGAUCAACACCAGCGCCCGAUUCUUGUGUUUUUUGUUUUCUGCUGCAUUUGCCGUCUGGGGGCAGAAAGAGCGAGAGAGUUCGUCCAUUUUAUGAGGACAACAAUGUCUACAUCCAACGCCAAUUUCAAAAACAAGUGUGUGACACAGGUGAACUGCAUCUUUUGUGACAGUCUGCUCUGCACGAGAGGCAUGAAAGCAGUGCUUCUUGCAGACACGGAAGUUGAGCUUUUUUCGACUGAUAUACCUCCCAAUAGAACUGUUGACUUUGUGGCCAGCUGCUACUCUACUGAAAGCUGCAAAUGCAAACUGAGAGACAUCGCAUGUCUCAAGUGUGGUAAUGUUGUGGGCUAUCAUGUUGUGGCCCCAUGUAAACCCUGCCUGCUCUCCUGUAACAACGGCCAUUUCUGGAUGUUCAACAGUGAUGCUGUGUCUACUCUCAACAGACUGGAUGCAACAGGUCUGAAUCUGCUCCUCUGGGGAGAUCUUCCCGAGCUGGAUGACAGCGAGAACGAAGAAUCAGAAACCCCAUCAGAGGAGGAGUGUAUUAGGUAGAGAGGUAAACGGACAAUGUGGGAGACCAAGAGGGCCAACGUUUGAGAGGUAGAGCUGCAAGAGUGUACAAACCAUGCUGAGAUGAGAGAGAAAAGAGGAGCCUUAAAGGGUAACUGAACACUGAAUCACACAGGGCAGAAAAGUGUUGCUGUACUGCUCUGCAUGGGUUGAAAUAUUAAACCACAGUGCACUUCUGUCCUCACCCCAAACAGUGAUGUCACAGCAGGUGUUUUGCCCUUGACAGCUGAUGGAGAGCACUUGCCUUGACAUCACCGAUUAAGGUGUGGCCAUAAUCACGGCAUGCUCCACAGUUUUAAGCUGGAAGUAAGAGGUUUUUGGCCCUGUUUAAUUCAGUGGUGAAUUACCCUUUAACCUGUGACCAUGCCUUUCCUCAUCACUUUUCACUGUUAAAAGCACAGACACACACACACCGUCACACAAAUUCUUUUUUCUCUUUUUCUCCUUUUUUUUGUAUAUUUGCGUGGGCAAUUAUAAAACAUGUGGCUGAAGUAGACUGAAAAUAACAGAAAACUGGACUCCUUAAUCUAGUGCGUUAUUCUUUUCAUUAGAGUCUCCACUGAGCUCAUGGUUUGGAUCAGCCUCAUCAGAAGUUGGGAGUGUGAUAUGAUAAGUCAAUGGAACUUACCAGUGAAUGCUGUGCUUUUUCACGCUGUUUCUGUUAAGUCCAAUUUUUCUGAUAAGAUGACCAAAAUUUGCUUACCUUCUUUUUAAUGGCAGUUCUACAGUAAUCUGUACAUUGAAUAUGCUGUAUUAAGCAAAAACCUCCAUUAACAGUCAUGUCUUAAAGGCUUAUAUUCUGUCUGUGUGGCUGGGUGCUGACUGAAAGUUUGAGUGCUUUUUGAAUCCUGUGUAUUGGAAAAAUAGCACAAUUACUGAAUGAUAUAUAUCUAUGAGUUCCUUGCUUUUUAAGGGCAUAUUUGAUUUAGAUUACCUUACAAUCUGACAUACUAUAAAUGAUAUGAUAUGCUAAUAUAGUGUUUGUUAUCCACCUGACCACAGCAGUAUGUGUUUAACACCCAGAUGAAUCUGACCGUAGCAGUGGCCGAUAUUAACAUGCUAACUUAUGCAUAGUGUGUGCUUCCACAAAGGCCCCGGAGCAGCCGAAUUUAAAGUCCUACUUUUUUUUUCAACUAAAAAAGGUACUGUGUUGAUGACAUAGGAAAGCUAGAAUGGAAAUUAAGAAAGGUUGUUCUUUUGUGCCACUCCACGGCUUUUCAGUGUGGAUUUUUAAGCAAAAUUAGGAAAACGGUUCUCAAUGGAUUCCAACAUCCACACUCUGUUUUUGUUACACCUUUGUUCAGUUUUAUGUAGCAGCAUAAUUGUAGCACCUGAAGAGAAGAAAAAUUAAACUCCAAAGUAUCAUGGAACAUAUCAAUAUUGAACUUAACAGACUGGCUAUCCUUUAAAAAAGAUAGUUAUGAUAUUUAUGGCCAAUUUAUAAAAUAGCAUGUCACAUUUUUAAGUCAGUUGUGGUGAAGUUAAGCUUAAGUCAGUGCAGCUGGCUGUAAAACUCUCAACCCUCAGUAUUCUAUUGGCCUUACUGAUGCUGUGAUCCCUGACAAAGAACCUUUGUUGAGCCGUGGACUUGGGGGUUGAUGUUGUACAUUAGUUGGUCAUCACUAGAUGACCAGGCCUUCUCGUCGUCAGCCUGCUGUGCCAGACACAAGCUUCAGCAUCCUCCAUUCACAAGGGACUUCACUCACAUCAGUCCUUUUUUGGCAGUGCCAUCCUCGAGCUCUUGUUAUUGUUUCACUGCUGUGCCCUGCUAAUACCAUGAUCCUGUCUUAAAGUAACAGUCUUUCUGUGAGUGAAUGCGUUUUGCCUGCAUUGUCGGAAAGCAUUAUUGAAGAAGCAAACAUAGAAUGUCACUUCUUACCUGAAGGAAAAGGAUACAGGAAGUUGGUCUUUUUUAACAUCUGUAAUUGGCCUCUGUGUUUAUCUAUGCUAUAGCCUUUAGUUGUGGAAAAACACACAGAGGAGAAGAACUUUGUCCAGAAUUUCACGUCCUUCACCUUUUAAAGUUAUAACUGACAGUCUGCUACACUUGCACACCAAAUACUGUCUUAUGUGGUAAACUGAUAGGAUACAGUGCAUCGGCUAAGUAUUUAUUAAAUCCACAAACCAAAUAUCUAUAACCACAUACUUCUUUUUUGUUUACGGACUUUGUUUACAAAUGCGUUGGUUUGUAUUGUGCUAUAGUACUUAUGUUUUUGUUCUCGUAUUUAAUAUUUCAUUUGUGACGUAGUGCUUUGUUUUGUACGUUAAAAGAUUGGAUGUGUACAGUUUUACCUCAAGAAGGUAUCACUUGCGAGCUUCCUCUGGCUAGGACAAUUGUCAAAUGAUAAUCAAAAGAAUUAUUUAAAUGGCUGUAUCUGAUGUGAAUAACUUUGAUUAACAUGCCCUGCUGAAAAUGUAUAUUUUGGAAUUGCACUGAAACUGCAUUGGUAGUUUGAAAAAAUGAUUUGUUGUUUUGUAUGCUUGUUAAAUUAAUAAACUUUUUUUUUCCAAAA